AUGAUAAAGAACAGAAGCAAAUGCUUGGAGAAAGUCCAUGUUGUUCUUGGGAAUAAAUCCUGUGAUUUGGAUUCGCUGAUUUCUACUCUGGCCUAUGCCUACUUUCUAGACAAGGUCAGUCCUCCUGAUGUUCUUUGCUUACCUGUGCUGAACAUACCAAGAAGAGAUUUUAGCUACUUCACAGAGACAAGAUUUAUAUUGAAGAAGCUGAAUAUCCCAGAGUCAUUUCAUAUCUUCCGGGAUGAAAUCAAUUUACACCAGCUGAAUGCUGAAGGGAAAUUGUCUUUAACUCUUGUAAACAGCAAUAUGCUGACGAGUGAAGAUAAAAGUUUGGAAUCAGCUGUUGUUAAAGUCAUCAAUCCAGAUGAGCGAUGUGAUGGCAGCCUGGAGUUACAAGCAUCUUCUUCUUUAGUAGUAAAAGAGAUUCUUGAAGAGGCACCAGAUUUAAUCACUCAGCAACUGGCUUAUCUCCUCAGAGGAAGCAUUCUUUUCAAGUGCAUGUCUUUGGAGACUGACAGUAUUAAAGAGCAUCAGGAAAAGGUACUGUCAAUGCUAGAGGAAAAGUUUCCAGAUCUUCCCCCACGAGAGGAAAUUCUCUCUCUUCUCCAGGAUACUCAGUUUAACUCACAAGCUGGGCUGCUGAUUUCUCAACUAACUCUAAAGGAUGCAAAAGAUGCUUCUGAUGAGGAAGAGAAGGUCAGCCUUAAAACAUUCUAUAUACGGCUGCAAGACUGUGUUUUACACAGGAGUCUCGUUGGUGAUCUGAAAGCAUUCAUAGAUAAAUAUGGGUUUGAUGUACUUGUCAUUUUGGCCAGCUGUGUGUCAGAUGAGAAGCAAACAAAACGACAGAUAGCAGUAUACUCGGAAAACGUAGAGCUAGGCAAUCAAAUCUGCUGUGAAUUAGAAGAAUGUCAGAAUCCUUCUUUGGAGCUGGAUCCUGUAGAAUGUGGAUGUGACCAAAUUCUCAUUUAUCUUCAAGAAAAUUCUUUGGUGACCUGUGAUCAAAUUUUUCUUCUAGUUAAGGAAGUUAUAAAUAGAAGACAACCAGAAAUGGUGUCAAACAGUAGAACUUCUUCUACUGAGGCUGUUGCUGGAAGUGCUCCACUUUCACAAGGUUCUUCUGGUAUCAUGGAGUUAUAUGGUUCUGAUGUAGAACCACAGCCAAGUUCUGCCAAUUUAAUAGAAAAUCCUCAAGAUAUAAAUGGAUCUAUACAAGCCCACGUUGAUGUUAAUAUAGACCUUGUGAGUCCUGACAGUGGACUGGCUACCAUUAGAAGUAGCCGGUCUUCCAAGGAGAGUUCUGUUUUCCUUAGUGAUGAUAGCCCUGUUGCAGAAGGUGCUGCUUCCCAUCACAGUCUUCUGCCUGGCUUUGAUUCCUGUAGCCCUAUUCCUGAAGGAGCAAUAGCCAAAGAAGAAAAACCUGAGUCUGGAGAUAAUAAUAACUUUGAUCUUUUCAAUUUUGAUCUAACACCCUUGGUCACAGCUCCAUCUGAAUCAUCAUCUCGUUCUGUUGACUGUUCCCCAGCGGAUGACUAUUUCCUCAGUAGUGAUUCGUUAGAAGGACAGCUCACGGUGCAGAAAGAACUUGAUGAGACAGACCUCUUAGGAGAUGGUACAGCAAAUUAUUCAGCUAACUUACUUGUGACAACAAAUGAGGAAGAUAAUUUAGCAGAAUUUGAUGAGAAUCCAGGCGAAGAGUGUGAGAAAAUUUCAAGUUUGAUUGAUUUAGUUGAAGGUGAUUCUUCUUCACCAGAACUGUUGAAAUCUGCUGAUUCAAGAAUUCCACCAACUCCUAUGAACAGCCUUGUAGAAACUUCACCAUUAGAUAAUGGGCAGCCCUUAUUUUUCCCACAAGAUGUCAUAAAAAAAAUUAAUGAAAUAGAUGACACAAACAAUUGCCAGUCUCAUGUUAGAUAUGGAAGCUGGUGGGAUGGCUUUGACUUAGAGUCCAGAAAUGCUGAUACAUGGAGUUCAAGUGAGCAGGAAUCUGUAUUUCAGAGCCCUGUCUUAUGGCAAGAUUGUAAAGAAAGUCCUUUGCUACGAAAACAUAUUGAUAGAAGAGCCUCAGAUUCUGUAUUCCUCCAAAAACAGCCAAAGCAAACAGAACACAUGAGAGCAGGUCUGUGGGAUAAUCAGUUUAAGCAAGAUAAUCAGAAUCAUGAAAAUCAAGAGAAAAGCAAUGAACAUUUGUGUUUGCAAACUACUCCUUUAGGGGAGACAAAGCAAGAAACAGAGAACUUUACCAGAGAUCCUUGGAAGGUCAGUCAGCUGACACCUGUGACAUCAGAUGCAUGGUGUAGUGGUGACAGGAAAAGUAAUGAGUUAGAUGGAGAUCCUUAUAAAGCUUGGACUAAGUUUGAUGCAGAAGAUAUUGCUAGAUCCCGAGAAAAUAUAUGGAACAUACAUGAAAUGGGUAGAGAAAAAAAAUCGGUGACUAUUCCUGAGGAACGGGCCACAUCAAAAACUAGUUUAGCAGAUUCUUCAGAAAUUUCAGUGGACAGUGAGACCAAAAAUCCAUCUAUCCAGGUAUCUCCAGAGGCCUGGGAUAAAGAAAGAUACUAUUCAAUAGAAGAAUAUGGAAAAUCUGAUAACACAAAUUCUGUUUUCAACAAUAUGCAAAAUAGUUCCAAGCUGCAAACAGAGGAUAAAUCUGUAUCGGGUAACUCUAAACAGAGACAAAACCAAAUUGAAAAUAUACAGACCUGGGAUUUGUAUGAUCAAAAUAUCAGGAAAGACAUUACAGAAGUAGUGGUGCCGUGGGAAGAUACCUUCUUGUAUAAAACCUCAGAUCUCAAUUCAUCAAACAUAAUGGAAGAUCUAGUUAUUUCUCCACCAGACACCAAUUAUUCAACAUCUGAUUCAUAUAUAUCACCUACAUUUGUGGGAGAUGAAAGAGAAAAUGAGGACAAAGAUUUUGAUGAAGAAACAGUUAUUGAUGAAUUGAUAACCACAAAUUUGUCUGAGCCAAAAGUACUUGAGAAAGCAGAUAAGGAGCCAUUAUCUCCUAGAAACAUGAGUGUUUCAAGCACCAGAAACACAGACAUCUGGAACCUUCCCCUAAACGGUGUCACUAAGUUACAAGAAAAUUGUGAAAUUACUGCUUUUUCUGCCUCUGCUACACCUUUCUGUAAUUCUGAACAAAUUGAUAAUCAGUGUUUUUCAACUGAGAUACAUAAUAGUGAAAAUAAUUUUUCUGCACCUGAAAACAGAAGAAUAACCCUGCUAUACAAUCAGACAGUGAAUGACUUAUCACCACUACAGAAUGAUUUCAAUACUAGACAGACAUCAGCUGAAAAUGUAGAAACAUUGAACAGUGUUUCUGUAGAAUAUACAGACACAUCCACACCAACUUCAGACACUGGGAAUGGUUUGGAUCUGAAAAUACUUGACUUAGGGAGUCAGAUACUCAGUAUGGAGGCAGAAAACAUUGCUGAUGUUGAUGAAAAGCUGGAUAGCCAGAGUUCGGUACAGCAGCUGAACUCACAGAGUGUACAGAGUGAGAAGAGUUGUGAAGAAGGCUGGGACAAUGCCAUUGUCAUCUCUCUGGAGGGAAAAGAGGAAUAUAAGAGAAGACAUGAGAUAUGUGGACAGGAAAUUAUUGUUGGCAUUUGUAAUAAACCAGUGCAAGAGGACUGUGGAUCUUCCUAUAAUGCAGAUUUGGAAGAAAACAAGUCAACAACUGAAGUUCCCAGCUCCCUGGAAAAAGUGAUAAACAGUGUUAAUCUAGAAGCGUUAGUCGUAGAGAAUGAAUCAUUUUCUAGUCAAAGUAAUCCAGUCAGUCAGGAAGAGAGGAAAGACUUGUCAGAGAAUAAUGCAGAAUCUUCUUCAAGUGCUUCUGAGGAAGGCAGAAAUUACAAAACUUUUGAUGACUCCAGACCACAAAAUUAUAGCGAAACAUCACAGCUGCUUUCUGAGAAAGCUGAAAAGGAGAUUACAGUGAUAGAGGAUGCAACAAGUACUGAUAUGGAAAGUAUCUCUGAAGGUUCUGACAAGGAUGGUGAUAAUUCUGAAAAUAAUUCUUCUGAAAUGCAUGUAAAUUCAGCCAUCUGGAAUAAUUGUGAAAAGAGUGGUCAUCACUUAGCAGUAUCAAUUCCUUUGAUGAAUGAAGGCCAAGAAGCAGUGACAGAAGUGAAAGAAUGCUUACGUGAAGUGAGUCCUCACUAUCCGGGCAUUUGUAAUUCUGACGAUAGCUCAGAACUGAACAGGAUGCAUAAAGAGUCUUUCACAGAUGAGUUUAAGGAGAGUCCUUCUGGAUAUGUCUGUGUUCCUGACAUUACAGAUAUGUCAGUGGUGGCAAACUCAUUUUCACAGGAAAUAGAAUCUGGCAGAAAUGAAAACUCUGAAAAUUUAGAACCUGAUGAUAAUCUUUGUGGAGAUGCAAGUGUAAUGCUUAAUGACAGUUUUCCCCAAACUGCUUGGAAUUCUCAGCCAUGUGAAGAUUUGCAAUCUCCUGGAACAAGUCCUGAGGCAAGUGAAGUUCUUGAAAUACCAAACACCACAAUUAGCCUUUCAAAAGAUAUACAGAUCAAAAGUUACUUGGAAGAAGAUAAUGUGUGGAGUGAUUCAAUAAAUGAUUAUGCACACUCAAGUGGAACAAGUCCUGAUUUAAGUGAUGCAUCUUUCAAUGUGUGGGGAGACCUUCCAGUUGCCAGUCAUCACAAAGAGAGUAGGGAUAUAUGUGAUAUUAAAAAUAAUAAAAAUCUUGAAGAUCCUAGUAAGAGAAAUGAAUUUGGGAAUGAACAUGAGGAAGGAUUGGAAACAAGUGCUGAACAUAACAAAGCUCCUAAAAGCUUAGAUUUUUGGAAUGCCCAUGUAGAUGAUGAUACUGUAUCUUCUUUAUCAAGUCCUGACAUAAAUGAAGAUUCAGAGAAUUCAGAGGCAUGUUCAGAAGUGAUUCAUGAAGAUUCCGUAGAUGAAAACCAACAGCACAAAAUGUUUGAAAUUGGAGAGGAUUGUGCUCAAUCCAAUGCAACAAGUCCUGAAGUAAAUGAAGACAAUUUACUUGUAAAAACUGAGGUGGGAAGGGAGGUCCAAGUAGGCAUUCUCAGUGAAAAUCCUGAGACAGCUGUAGCUAGGAAAGUAUUGCAGGAGGACUUAACUGUAGUGGAGAGUAAUGAGACUUCUGAAUGUUUAGGUUACUGGGAAACACUUCAGGAAAAAGCUCAGGUGAGUGUUCUCAGUGAAAAAACAGGUAGCAGAGAACACUCAUAUCAAAUGAAUGAAGAUACUACACUGACUUGUGCUGUUGGUGAUGAAGAGAAUUCUUCUAAAGCUGUAGAUAUGUGGAGUAUGUCUUUGGAAGCUGAUUUAAGAACAGAUCCAAAAUCCACAGUAGGAACAUUUGGGUUUCCAGAUGACAGUUCAGAAUGGUGGAAUUCACAGCCUUGUGAGGAAAAGCAAUUGGAAGAUCAGUAUUCUGUUUCAAGCCAUUCUGCAACAGAGCAGUUAACAAGUAAUAAGGAGAACUUCUGGGGAUCACCUUCACAAGAUGAAGAACUGACAGAAGCACGUUUCAGUAGUGGAAGUAAUGAUGAAAAUCAGCCUCUUCCCUUGUGCUGUGAUGAAAAAGAAAAUGGAAGGCUAGUAUAUCCUGUGAAUAUUCCUAAUGGUCCUAUAUAUCAAGACACGGUACAGUUCAAACAAUUUGAUCCUUUCAUACUGGAUGAAGAAGAAAAGGGCUUGAAAGAGCAGUUGUUUCCUACAGAUCACGAAAAUCAGCUGACUUCUGAUCAGCAGAAUAAUUUUUCAGAUGAGGAAGAAGGUAUGACAAAUCUAUCAGUUCAAGAAAUCACUGUACUAGAUCUGCCAAAAGAAAACAAAGCAAAUAUCGUAUCUCAAGAGCAACAGUGGGAUACCUGUGAAAGAUUAGAAGUGCAAAACUCCCCACCAGGUGCUUUCACUGUAGAAGACAUAUGUUUUGAACUGACAGAGAAGUCAAGUCCAGAGUGGGGUAUAUUAGUCCCCCCAACUGCACUUAUCCCAGAUAUCUUACAGGAUAACACACAGGAAAAUAAUCAGCAGUUUUCAGUGGAGCCUGACCUGUGGACUGUUGCUGAGCGGAUUGUGACUUUGAAAUCAGAUGGUGAAAAUCCUGAUAUAUUAAGUCACUAUGACCAAGACAAUAGUUCAGAGGCAUCAAUCAGUCCUGAUGUGUGCCAGGAGUAUGAAGCUAAGCAUGCUUCUAUCCCAUAUUCUCAGAGUGGGAUGGAUCCUGAAGACAAAGAUAGUCAGCCAAUUCGCACACGGUCAAAUAGUAAAGAGGUAGAUUUUGAUUCCAAGUGUCAGCUAGUAAUGCAGAAGGUAGAGACACAGUGUGAAUGUGCUAGCCUCCAGGACUAUGAGCAGGGGAAGACUGAUGAAUCCUAUCAGCUUAUCUCUUCUAACAUUCAGGAGACUCCUGAAUUUGCAAUUUCACAAGAACAUGGUCUAGAAAAUAAACUUGUUACUAACCCAACUGAUGUGGCUGAAAUUACCAAUGAAUUUUUAAAAGUGUUGCCUGUAGAUGUGAAAGACAUGUUUCAUGAAAAUCAUGUUCCUACAAGUCAUCAUGCAACAUCAGCUGAUACAGCUAAAAUAGCAACCUCCCAAAUGCAGCUGGUUCCUGUGGAUUUCACAUUACCUAAUAGGACAGAACAAUGCCUAAAAGAAAUUAGUGCCUUGGCUGAAGUUGAAGAAUAUUCUGAUAUUGACCAUACAGCAGUAACUAGUGAUAAGCUAGACAAGUCAGAAGACUGUGUGGAUGAAUCUGAGACAGGGGUAGAACAUAACAUAAUGAACACAUCAGUUACUAGUGUCCCAGCAACUACAUGCAGUAGGCUGAACAUACAGGCAGUAGUAGGCAGUGAAACAGCAGAAGGGGAAUCAGAGGAUCAAGAGAUAGUCUCUUCCAGAUCCUUUUUGCCUGGUGCUAAUGAAUGCCACGAAUCUGAUUCAAAUAGUCAACUGGCUGAUGACACAGAAAAAGAAUCUGAAGAUGUAAUUGAAAAUUGUGUUACUGUAUUUAAGGGAGUGCUUUGUGACCAGUCACCAGUGGUUUGUACUCCACCAUCCUGUGUAUCCUUUGAUGCUGAACCCUCUGGCAGCAGAGAGUGUGUAAAGGAUGAGCUGGUGUUACAGCAGCCAUUUGGUGACAGUAUUUCUUUGGAAAAAUCUUCACUACUGCCAACUCCUGAGGAACAUGCAGAAGGCAUCCUAAUGACCAGAGACAGCAGUAUUCAAGAUCGGGUGUCUGAAAUAUCCACAGAGUGCCUUCAGGAAAUUGGCACAUCAGUACCUUCACUUUCCAAGACUAAAGUAACUCUGGGAGCUUCUGUGAUUGUGAUAGGAAAACCUGAAGCAGAAACAUCUGAUCUCAACUCACCGGCAGGUGGAGAUAAAACAUCACCUGAUGAAGCUGGCAUGUACUCCCUACUUUCUAGGGAGAAUAUGCUGAGAAAUUCCUCUGAGAGCCCUGAACUGAAAAGUACAGAGGAAAGUGUGAGGCUACAGGCGCACCAAUAUCCGACUUCACUAGAGAUGGAUUACAUCCUUGUUACUGGGGAAGAAAAUACCCCUUCAGCGAAGGACACCCUUGAAAGAAACGAAAGUGAUUUUGCAUUUCUAGAAGCUAAUGUAGCCAAACAAACAGAAUCUCAUGAAGGCUUUUCACUGGGCUUCUCUGAUACCUUUCAGCCAAUCUCCAUUACAAAUGAAAGGAAAGGUCACACCGUUUGUGGGACUGAAUGGGACUCUGUUCACUUAGAAGAGAAAAGUUCUUGUGUUGUGCCUCAAAAACUGGAUGAUGAAAGGUCACAGGAAAGCUGUGGGCAAGAUGAGGGCUGGAUUAUAUUGAGCCAAAAUGAAGCUAGUGAUGUGUUGCCUGAAGAAAUUUCUGCCGAGUCAAAGAUGUCAGAAUCAGAGUCUGGACAUUCUGGCAAAGAACCAAAAGCUGUUUUAGCACAGGAAUUGAUACUUGACACUCAGGCAGAAUUUCAGGUAGAAACUCCCUUUCAGAAAUCUUUUGAACAUAAGAGCUGUUCUCCUUCAGACAGCCUGACUACUGUGGAUGAAAAUUCAGGCAUUGCAGGAACAUGUGUGUUGCAGGUGGUUCCUUGUGAUGCACGGGAAGCAAGUUCUCAACAGAGACUUGUAAAUAAUGUAGCAACAGAACAAGGAAUGAAGGAGGAGACAGUGCUUCUCAACAGUGAAGAAAACCUGCAUCAAAAAUCAUGGUUGGUACAAGAGGAUGUAGGAAUGGACAUCCCCUUUGCUGAGGGUGUACUAAGCCCCAGUUCUACAGAGAUGAGACCUGAACCUCCCAAUUCUCUUGAUCUUAAUGGUUCCCAUCCCAGAAGAAUAAAGCUGACUGCUCCAAAUAUCAAUUUGUCUUUGGAUCAGAGUGAAGGGUCUGUACUUUCUGAUGAAAAUUUGGAUACACCAGAUGAAAUUGACAUCAAUGUGGAUGACCUUGACACUCCCGAUGAAGCAGACUCUUUUGAAUACACUGGACAAGAAGAGCAGACUGCUACUAAAGAUGCUUCCCAGGAGGAGACUGAAUCAAUUCCAGAGUAUACUGCUGAAGAGGAGCGAGAGGACAACAGGUUAUGGAGAACAGUGGUUAUUGGAGAACAAGAGCAAAGAAUUGAUAUGAAAGUCAUUGAACCUUACAAAAAAGUCAUUUCACAUGGAGGAUACUAUGGUGAUGGUCUGAAUGCGAUCAUUGUGUUUGCAGCAUGCUUCUUGCCAGACAGCAGUCGAACUGAUUACAACUAUGUCAUGGAAAAUCUUUUCCUUUAUGUAAUCAGUACCUUAGAGCUGAUGGUAGCUGAAGACUAUAUGAUUGUCUACUUGAAUGGAGCAACACCAAGAAGGAGAAUGCCUGGGCUAGGCUGGCUGAAAAAAUGUUAUCAGAUGAUAGAUCGCCGAUUACGGAAGAAUUUGAAAUCAUUUAUAAUUGUUCAUCCAUCCUGGUUUAUCAGGACAAUUCUGGCUGUGACACGACCUUUUAUAAGUUCUAAGUUCAGCAGUAAAAUACAGUAUGUCAACACAUUGGCAGAGCUUCGUGAGAUGAUUCCAAUGGAAUAUGUGCAGAUACCAGACAGUAUUGUCAAGUAUGAUGAAGAGAAGUGUAUUAAAAGAAGAAUGAGGUAA